CAAACGUUACCAUCCGUUUAAACGGAUAUGAUGUGUGUUACAAGGAUUAUAUCGCUGUCUAACUUCGCUAACGCAUUUUAUUAAUACGUCAAUUUACACACCAGAUAGUUUGGCGAUAUACACGUGCACGCGCUGGUCCUGAGCCAUGGUGAAAGAACGGGCAAAGAAGAAGUCCUACCAGCAGAGUCUGGAGGACAUUAAGGAGAGGAUGAAGGAGAAGAGGAACAAACGACUGGCCAGUGCUUCAGCCCCCAGCAGAGGACGGUCCAGAGGGAUAAAUAAAAGCAAUGUGGCUAACUCCACCCACACCAUCCUGAAGGGUGUCCAGCUGAACAACAAGGCGCUGGCUGUAGCCCUGCAAUCUGAAAAGGAAAAAACAAGACAGGCCAAUGUCGUGAUCCUGCAGCUGAAAAGGGAGCAACAGGCCCUGUUCCUUCACCUACUUCUGCUCAAGAAGAAGCUCAAGGAGCAGGAAGCCCUGGCAGCGAGCGCUUCAGAGACUAAACCUUCGAACACAGUUGUUGAGCCCAGCCGCCAGGUGGAUUUGGCAAGGAGAAAGCGGAGCAGCCAGAACCUUGAUGAGCCCUUUGUGUGCAAAGCCUCACCAAUUUGUGCAGACCCUCAGCCCUCUGAGAAGACUGCACCAUCUGACAAGCAGGUUGCCUUGCCAUCGACAGUGGGUGUGAGGCGUCGCCAUGCAGAUAGAAGAAGCAGGAGGAGGUCUGAGCGCCUGCAAGAAAAUUGGGCGUUAAGUGAGGGGAACCCCACCACAUGCUUGGGUCCUUUAAUGGCAAGUCCUAUUCACAGUGACAGUGUUAUUACUAACCAGCCACAGCAAGGAGCAGAACCAGAUUUAGUAGAUACUGCUGACACUGAGGAGAUUCAGCAUUCUACUCCUGAACCUGCCCCAUCCAAAAACAGCAACAGCAACCAGCAGAAGCCCAGCAGGAAAAAAGCCCAGCAGCAGCCCCGUACCAAACCAGAACCUGCGGCACGGAAAGCAGAGAGAGGCCGCAAACCAGAACGUGCCCCAUUAAAGAAACCUUGGGAAAAUCCCAAACCCAGAGCUCGCUCCAAGAGUCGGGACCGGUCAGCCACACGGGCCAAAACAGCUCCUUCGUCACAGGGGAAUAAGCUCAACACAUCACUGGGAUUUAAUGACACGUUUGACUUUGACUGUGAAGAGACGGUUCAUGUCACACCGUUCAAAGCCAAGGCCGAGGACAAUCAGCCGUCCACGCCCAUCAGCGAAGAGACUCCACAAACUGAAGCUGUGGUUUCCAAAAAGACUGACUCAAGCUCGUUAUCGUCAUCUUCUGAAUCGGAGGACAGCCUUUAUGUCCCUCAGAAGAGCAGACGGAGACAGGCUUCCCCUGACAAGACCAAAGUGAUCACCACACGAAGAGGCCGGCCCUCUAAAGUCGUCCGUCAGAAAGAAAACAUCCCUCCGAAACAGGAGAUCUCUGUCUUUAGAGAUCAGGUGUCAAGUCCCAAAGCUGUAGAGCCUGAAAAGGAAGAAGCUCAUCGCUCCCCUGACUCUAGCUACUCUAACAGCCCUGACCCAGUUAUUUUGGCACAGGAAAAUCACCAAGAGCCUGACAGAGGGGUUAUUGUGAAGGAUUCUCUGCUGCCUGUCAGUCCUCUGGUUGAAGCUGAGAUGAUGAGAAUAGACAGUGUCCUGUCCAAUUUUGGAGAUUCCUCUGGUGAAGCUCCUCCUCUUUUACCCCAUCAAACCCCCCAGAGGGUCAAGACGUGCAAGAAACGUGGGCUUGGUGUAAGGACAGCAGGGCGGGGCAUGAGUCUGUGUGAUGUGACCAAUCUGUCCCCUGCAGCCUAUCGCAAGUUCUCCUGUGGUGGCUCACGUCCCUCCGAUGCCCGAUGUUCCACCCCUGUUGUCGCUCGCAAGCGGCGCUGCACCAUGGUGGUGGACUACAAGGAACCCACGCUAAAUGCGAAACUGCGGCGUGGAGACAAGUUCACAGACUUGCAGUUCCUCCGCUCUCCUAUUUUCAAGCAGAAGUCCAGCAGGAGGUCUGUGCAGAAAUCAAGGAAAUCCACGAGCACCCAGCAGCCAUAUGAGAAAUACAAUGAGUCAUUUGUUGGAUGUCGCUGAAGGCAGCUACCUUGUUGACUGUUGGCUGGCAUUGUCAGUUUUGUGUGAAGUGAUCAUUUUGUUUGUCACUCACGGUUGUAUUUUUGUAUGUGAUGAAGUACAACUGUAAUCAGUUUUUAGAUGCUGUUUUGUGACUUUAUUCUCUGAAAUCUUCUCUUUUGCAUUUCUCCUGUUUAUCUCGAUCCAAAUGUAUUGAUGGCCAGUUGUAUGUCACCAUCUUACUUCAAUUCUGGAUGUUUUUAUUAUGAGAUUCUGAAUGAGUACAUAUAGUAUUAUUGUCAUCUAAUAAAAUUUUAUCUGUUUUAU